AUACAACCAAAUUAAGUACCAAACACAUUCCUUCCCUACCAACCAAACAGAUUGGAAUGGCGUCAGAGAAGGCGAAGGAGCUUGUUUCAUCAAACCCUGUCGUUGUCUUCAGCAAAUCGUAUUGUCCGUACUGUGUGAGCGUCAAGGAGUUGUUGACUGGGGUUGGAUCUUCCUUCAAAGUCAUCGAGCUUGAUCUUCAAAGUGAUGGUAAAGAGAUGCAAGCAGCAUUGCUUGAGUGGACUAAGCAACGAACUGUACCAAAUGUGUUUAUUGGUGGCAAGCACAUUGGUGGCUGCGACAGUACCGUGGCAUUGCACCAACAAGGGAAGCUUGUUCCUCUGCUGACUGAAGCUAAGGCAAUUGCUACCAAAUCUUCUUAAAGAAUUAUGCUCAUGGUAUCUUUAUAAUAGUAAUUAUGAACUUUGUUGAAUUAUGUCUAUGUAUUGGCUCCCAAACUUAUGGGGUUUGUGUAACCAAUUGAAAACAUUGCAUUUGAAUAAUCAGUAUUGAAUCAGGAUAUAUGCUUUAUCUUA